CAGAAAUUUUCAUUUCAACUUCAUUAUCGAAUAAUCAGUUGUCUUAACCGCACGUGUGCGAAAAUUAAGCAAAUUUACGCAAAAAAUUCUUGAAAUUUCUUGCACAAUUUUUAUUAAUUUAAUUUUCUCGCCUUAAUUAAAACAAAUUAAACAGAAAUGGCUUCCAAUGCAGUUAAGAGAAUCAUCCCCAUGUUGGACCGUAUCUUGGUACAACGUGCUGAAACUUUGACCACCACCAAGGGCGGUAUUGUUUUACCCGAAAAAGCCCAAGGCAAAAUGAUGCACGGUACUGUUGUGGCCGUAGGACCCGGUGCCAGAAAUGCUCAAACUGGUGCUACAAUCCCCAUGGAUGUUAAAGCUGGUGACCGCGUUUUGUUGCCCGAAUAUGGUGGCACCAAAGUUGAAUUGGAAGACAAAAAAGAAUACUUGUUGUUCCGUGAAUCUGAUAUCUUGGCUAAAGUAGAAUAGAAUUUAUAGAACAAACCACCAGCAUUUGUUGUAAUCUAAUCAUAAUUAUUUUUGUAAUCAUCUGAUUUCGUUUUUUUUAUUAACUUUAAAUAAUUUCUAUGUAUUUUUUUUUUUUUGAUCAAUCCAACUUAGCCUUUAAUUUAUUAAGGCUGAGCCGUUAGCUCUAUAAUUUAGUUUGUAAAUUCCAUUUAUAUUUAUAAAGAAAAACAAGAAAUUCCAUUAGAUUUGCAAGGGAGAGUUGUUAUCCAUUUUAAUCUCGAGCAAAUUGGAAUUUUGUGUAUUUUUAUGUAAAUGAAAAUAAAUAAAACGGUUUUACGCUUUAUUUUCUUAUUAAAAACAA